CGUCUUCGUUACUUGAAGGAUGGACGUUAUUAGACAUGGUGUGGCUGAACUCAAUUCAAAUCUAAAAAUGUCUUGAUAUGACCGCUUCUGAAAAACUUCACGAAUUGUCGAUGUGACGCAUCAAUCAUCUUGCGACAGUUUGACCUUCAAGUGCUCGCAACCCCCAUCCGUGGACGAUACCCCUGGAACGUUGCCCACCUGACGUGUGUUGUGAAUUUGUUCUCACCUGCAUUGUCUUAGCUGAGUGCACUGCAACGUCACGCCUUACUUUACAGUUUUAGAUGGAGGUCAUAUGGGUUUCAAUCGUGGUAUUCCUGCUCAUAGUGACGUCAAAUAGUAAGUCUUACAAGUUCUCCAAUGUCCGGCAGCAAAAAAUUCCAGUGAUUUUGUCCCUCCUCAUAAGUGGGAAGGAGUUACACCCGGCCGGAGUGUCCCACCUGGUCUACACGUUAGACAGAAUUUAAACACCGAGCACAUAAAGGCUAAACUUAUGGAUGUGAUGUCUAACACUUCCAACAUAAUUUCAGGUGAACCUGGGAAACCUGCCAUAAGUGUGUCGACAUAUUCAGGAGCGGAUAACUUGAGAGAGCCCAACACUCAAUCAGUCAGACGCUUUCGUUCAUAUGACGAAUUAAAAAAAGACUUCCAGAAAAUAAACGUGAAUGUCAAGACAGAUCCCGAAAUUAUAACUGAAAUAAUGACUGAAAUAAAACAGGAUAAUUCCUCAGACGAACGAUUAGCAAUACUUUUGGAGGAUCUAUCCUAUUACCUGCACCAGAUUGACAAUGCAAAGAUUUUCUCUAGAAAUGGUUUCGAAACACUCUCAAGGCUUUUGCACCAUCCCAGUUAUGAAGUUAAAAAGGCUUCUUUAAAAGCAAUUAGCGCUGCUACUCAGGGGAAUUCUGAUGUUCAAGUAGUCGCACUUCAAAAUGGUGUGGUUGACCAACUACAUUCUUUUUUGAAAGCAAGCAUGGAUGAGCAAGAUUCGUUGGAAUUCACUACAUUACUAUCAGGAGGAGUGUCAACGUUAAGUGCGUUGCUGCGUAACUUCCCAGUUGCUCAAAAACAGUUCUUUUCAACUUCAGUAAUGUCGCCAUCUGGUUUCGAGCUGCUUGCAAAACUAAGUCGUCUAAAUGUUACAAAUGGCAUUCGAGGCUUGCGGGUUCGAAUCCUGACGCUUUUGACAGAUCUUUACAGUGAGCGGCUUGAUACCCAAAUUGCUUUUGGGGAAGACCCCACAAAAACAAAAAUGGAUGCAUGGAGUAUAUAUGCUAGGUGAGUUCCGACGGAUUCAUACCUGCGCAAAUCUAUUGAUCGCAAUAUUUUUCUUGUUUAAUUCUACUCCUUCUCUUGCGUGAACUCAUGAUUCUUGCUUAUGACUGUAGGAGCAAUAUUAAACACCCUUUCUUCACAAACAUAUGCUCCAAAUGUCUUGUUGUCUCUAACCCAACUCUCGUGUAAAUCGAGUUGGAACAACAAUUUUUACUUUUCGUUAGAUGAUCCGUGAAAUGUUCAAUUUGUAAUGUCAGGUGUUGGUUUGCUAGAUAAACCAGGUACAAAGUCCAUCAGAUCGGCCUGUUCGUGUCACUCACCCAUGUUCAAAGCCAACUACACAUUAUUGUUUUUGGUUGCUGAAUCGAAUCACUGUUAUUAUGUUGCUCGCCUACCUGUUUUAUAUCCAUCUAAUGACAACCGUGCUUAUUCGCUUAUUGAUUUUCCAUUUUAUGACUACCAACAUGUCAGCUGGUUGUGACAUCUAAAACAUCGUAACUUAGUCAACAAUCCGAUCUUUCGUACCCUAAAGUUGAUCGAGUUAUCAUUUAUAAGCUUAUGGAUUUGAUGAUUGUGUUUAUUAAGCUUCGUUAUUUUGAAUUCUGUAGGUUUAAAAAACGGUUUUAAAUGGUAUUGUUUAUAUAAUAUAUACUGUAAUAAUGUAAGUUAGUAUAAUAUAAUGUAUUUAUUGUGGGUGUAUACUAAAGGUGGGUAAAAUAAUAAGGUGAGCGGAUCGAACAUGUGUAGAUAGAUAUGGUCAUUAGCUAAGUAUAGGGUUUGAGUCAUACUUUCGUGCCUGAUACCGCCUGGUUUCCGAAACCAGCGUUAGAUAAAACAAUUCAAACCGGGAAGCCAUUAGGUGACACUUAGCCUCUUAAGCUACCUUCCUAUUUGUGCAUUGAACCCCAUCUACGAAGCUUGUAAUUUCUCUUUGAACUUUUCCUGUCUUGAUCAAGCUGACAAAGGAUAUUGCAUCAAAACCAAUGGAGUGCAACAAGACUAGGCAGGUGGGUGUAGCACUUGUUCUCACCAAAUGAUUCUUUGUGCCUAGUCUUACGCGCGACCCUUGGCUGCGAUAAUUACGAAUUAUGAAAGCUUACCAUUGAAACCCUAGAUAAUCGGAUGAUAACUCACUAAACUAGUUUGUUGAGUUCAGAUUAAUAACCUCCGUGUCAAUGGAAAACAAUGGUUUUGAAAUUAAGUGUUUAACUACCAUAGUCUCAUCUAAUAUUUGUCAUGAAGUGCAAUUGACAAGAUCCCCGAAUCGUAGUUCGCAGGACUGUUUUAAAAGACUUCGGAAUAUCUUUACUUUCGGCUGAAUUGUUAAUCCAAUCCUCAAAUGUGAUAGAGACCCACUACCAGUUUCAUCUAAAUCAUCGAUUACUGUCGUCUUGUGCAAGCUCUGUGUUCAAAUUAAAAACGGAGAUAGGUUCGUUUGUGGUUUAAUUUGACUCAUAGUAUUCUUAAUACUAUUAUAUGAUUUCCUCUUUUCUCACCACAUACCUUUGUAUCACAGUAUCUAUCGAAACACUCCGCUAUAUUUUACCUCACGACCGUUAAGGGUAAGUGAUGUGUAAGCUACUGAUACCUGAAUACAAUUUCCCUCUAAAUGUCGCUAAUGUGACCAAUGAGUACAGAAUAUUAUUAGGAGGUGGACCUACGUCUGCGCUAAACAAAGUGACAGUUAUAAAUUACAUUACUAACCUUAAUAGCUGAUGCUAACUUCAGUAGAAUUAGAUUCGGAAAAUACAUGAGUCGCUAUACAUAGAUUUCACCAACCUAUAAAAUCACUGGCUGUUCUUUCGAUGUCUGACCAAGUCAAUAGAAAUGAACCAUUAAACUACAUGAUAAGACUUUUUAUAACAAAACAAAUAUGGUUUAACUAUACAGUUACUUCAAUCAAAUUGGUUUACGAAAAUAGCAAAGUCUGAACACUACUGAAGGAAAAGUUGCUAGCUCCCAUUAAAGUAUAUUUAUCCAGAGGACAAAUAUUUAUUGCGUAAAAACACAUAUUCUCUUAUUUUCCUACUUUCAGUAUCCCUUUCGAAGAAAACUUUCUAAUGUAUGGAUUUUGCGAAACCCUACAUAUUUCUUUACUUCAAGAUGUUCAAAGGGGUAUGGGAUAUAACGAUUUAAGUGCACCAGUAAACCAUGAUAUACGUGAAAAAGUUAUAACAGCGUGCUUAAAGUUUUUCAACGUAUGUGAUUGGAAAUCACUCAAUUUCUCAAACAAACAAUAUAUUCUAAGCUUAUUGGACUCAAUCAUACACGAGUACAAGCUGCGCUCGAAAAGUGAGACUGAUGACAUUGAUUCUUAUUUCACUGAAAUGCUACUUAAAGCUCAAACGUUCAGGAACAUGUUGGAGCCUUAUGAAUCGCCGAAAACUGACCUGUGAUUCCCUAACGAGCUUCUGUAACACAACAGUUGCAUGCGAUGUACAUACUUGCUUUGAUAUUACAUAUUUUCGCUUUGAAGUUCCCUGUAUUUUGAAACUUAAAUCCAUUUUUCAUUUAAGUACAUUUCUGAUACUUAUAAAACGUUGUGGUAAUUAUUUGGAAAAUAUUCCACUCACAACUUCCCUACA